UAACUCAAUAAGAGUCAAUUAGAAAUAGGGGCUUGUUGCCUCGUUUAGAAUGGAACAACCGCCUAACUAUCAUAUUGCAGGUAAACCCGUGCAUCUUGACUUCUGAUUUUGCUUUAUCGUUUAUUUACAUACACGUCUUUCAAGAAGUCUUAUUGAAGCCAAAAUGUCAAGCUCAAGAUAUCAAAUGGUGUUGGGUCUUGUCCUUCUUGUUACUGCUGUAUCAUCGGUCCACGGAGGAUCGUGUCCAUCUCCUUCCCCGGCCAAGGGCUACACAGAUAAGGCCUACUAUGGGCUGUGGUAUGAAAUAGGAAAAAUCCAGACAGCUGGUGGUGCUUACUUUGAAAAAGACUGUGUGUGUACUACCAUCAACGUAAAACCAAAGAAAGGUGCUAACAAUGGAGAUGCGACUGCCGUUAACAGUUGCCGAAAGCUUAAACCAAAUGGCGACUUCCUUAACGCAACGGGAAGCUUGACCAAUGAGGGACCAAAGGGGAAGUGGAAAGAGGGAUUCUUUUGGUUUACUCCAAAGGUGGACUACACAAUCAUUGAACUGGGCCCAGACUUUGCAGUUGAGUUCGACUGUGGCUCAACGUUUGGACUUGUCAACUAUUGCAUCCACAUUCUCUCCAGGACACCUACGCAAAACAAGACUCUUACUACCACUCUACUGAAGAAAGCUAUCAACAUGGGACUGAAUGUGGAUAAUCUAGACUUCAAGCAAACGCUACAAGAUGGCUGCUGGUAGAAUUCAUUUUGGACUAUCGAGCAAAUUUUUUGUCAAAAAUUACUUUGAACGUGGAGAAUAUAGUAUAUGUACAUGU